UCACUCCAUUUUUUUUAAACUUCUAUGGCGAAAUUCAAUCAGCUGUUUUCUAUUAAACAACAAUCUAAGCUAAACAAUUUUAUAUUUCAAGAGGAGAGUUGCAAAUGCAGUCUCUUUGUUUGGAUGGAGCUUCGCCAUGGUAUAUGUGUUGGAUCAGAAGCGACAACAGAAUUAGUGUGGAUAUGAACACAAUAUAUCAUGAAAGACAGGUUUGUGAAGGAACUGUGUGCACUGCACGCGCUCAACAACCUCUUCCAGGAGCGCAAUGCCUUCAGCAAGGCAGACCUGGACUCCAUCUGCUACUCUCUGUCGCCCGACGUGUGGAUCAACCCCCACAAGUCCUUCCUCGGCCUCGGCAACUACGACGUCAACGUCAUCAUGGCCGCGCUGCAGCAGAAGGGCUACGAGGCCGUCUGGUUCGACAAGCGCAAGGAUCCAAAAUGUCUGAAGCUGAGCAACAUCUUCGGCUUCAUUCUGAACGUGCCUAGCGACUACAAACUGGGUUUUGUGAUGCUGCCUCUGCGGAGACGUCACUGGAUAGCCAUCCGGGAGAUUGACGGUGUCUACCACAACUUGGACUCCAAGCUGGAGUCGCCACAGCUCCUCGGGAAGGACGACGACAUGCUGGCGUACUUGUCGGAGCAGCUCCAGAGCAAGGAGAAGGAGCUGUUCGUGGUCAUCUCAGAGGAUGUGGAGCGCAACCAGGACUGGCAGCUGGGCCCCGGCGGGGGCGAGUGCUCCUCCAAGGACAGUGCCGCGGGUCCCAGGACGCCGCCCGAGCGGUAGUGGCGUGCCUGCCGUCAGGGGGAGGGCUCGCUUCUGGGUUGUGUGUGCUUCUGUUUCCUCUGCUUGGAACUGUCUCGUCAUCCGGUUCUCGCCGCGCUUGCAGUACGGGAACGUCACGCUGUUACCGGCCCUUCUGAGCAGUGUCACGACCGAGUGUGUCUCGCGGCAAUCCACGUUCGGAGCCAGGGAACGCUAUUCGUCAUGUUGUAGGUAACGAAGAUCUGCAGGGACUAACCAAACAUUGUAUCAUUGUGUCGUUAUGGAACAUUUUCCACGCAAUAGAUAUGCUUACCAACUUCAAUUGUGGUUUAGUUUGUGUGUGUCUUAUAAUCAUUAAGUACAAUAAUGAAGUCUUUACUACUUC